ACUAAGCUGUGCCGGUUAAGGACGAGUCGACCAGCGUGUGUUAAAACUCGUUCACCCCCCACAACGGCAAAAAGUUAUGAAACACAGUCACUGCCGACCCUUUCAACAAGAGGAAGCUUUCCUGUCAAGCAAAACCAGCUAUGCGAUCACGAUUUCUUCACAAUGGCAUAUGUACAUCCAGCAUAAAGCGUCACUAUAGCUCACAGCUAAACACCUUCCGGGCUAAUGACUUUUGCAUCCUCCGAGAUCGACGCAAAGGGCAAAAGUUUUUUAUUGGCCCGCUGAAGGACGAAGGCAAACUGUUUAUUAGCAAAGGGGUUGUUUCUCAUAAGGAUAUCAUUUCCAAACCACCACGGAGCAUCAUCAAUACCCACAAUGGCAGCACCACUCUAACCGCCCAUUUCCCAACUCUGGAUGAUUAUAUUCUUAACGUUAAGCGAGCGUGUACACCUAUCUAUCCUAAAGAUGCCUCCACCAUUGUUCGAUUUUUAGAUUUGGAUCCAGGCGCUCAUGUCUUAGAAGCAGGCACCGGCAAUGGAUCAUUGACGCUUUAUUUGGCUCGUGCUGUAGCUGGAUCAAUAGACACUAUGGAGGGUGCUAAAGUUCAACAAGGCAGAGUGGAUACUUUUGACAUCAGAGAGAGCCAUAUACGUCAGGCAGAACAGACUGUGGGUAACUUUGCUAGAGGAGUUUAUGGUCCUACCGUGAAAUUUCACAGCGGAAGCCCUUCCAGCGUCCUUUCAGAUGAUCUAGAUUCUCUCUAUGACGGCGCUGUCCUCGACAUGCCUGAACCUCGACAUGAACUAGGCGUGGUGGUACAACACCUCAAGAAUGACCGGUUUUUAGUAUGCUAUUUGCCUAACAUCACACAAGUGGUAGAUUUACUUAGUUUCAUCAAGAAAAACAAUAUGCCUCUCGCCAUGGACGACUGCGUAGACGUGAUGAUACAAGAAUGGGAAGUAAGGUCCACCUUAAUAAGAAAUCCACAAAAUGAUGGCGCCAGCCAAGAGCCUCAAGACCCAGUCUGGAUUUGCAGACCUAAAAAUUUUGAUGUCAAAGGACACACCGCUUAUCUUAUAAAAUUACGCAAAUGCCAAAAUAUUGAUUAACAGCGGCUAUAAACCAGUUGCACAAAACACAUAAUAUUUUUUUUUCCAUAUCUUCAAGCUCUUCAAUUAGCGCGAUUUCUGCUAUAUUAGAAUUUACGUUGUACAAUCCAGUACAACCAAUAACAUGCCAUAGCAAAUAAAAAUAGAAUAGAAAAAGGGAAGAAAACUGGGUAAAUGAACUCUAACGGCGCCUAGAUUGUGAUCAUCCAGGCAUAUGCACACAACUCUGUUUAAUUGUAUAUGUUAUGGAGCGAUUUGCCAUGAACACUCUGUCGUUUUUCACCAUCUAUUUGUGAACCACGGUUCGCCAUAG